UUACAAUUAUUGAUAAAUCAGUGAUGGUGAUAAGAACCGAAAUGGAUAAAUCGAGGAAUGCCAUGCCUGCUGACCAACUGGACAUGGAAAUGAUGGCCGAAGCGGAGUUGGCCAGACUGCAAAGGCAGUACCGCAUAAUGGAAGGCGACCGCAAGGCGUUCCUCGACGAAAUAAGCAACAAACUGAAGAAACAGCGAAAAAUCAUAACUCGCUUGCGCCAGGAAAGAGACGACUUAAUGGCCGACAUUAAAGUCGCAACUUGCGACGGCCAAAAACGAAAAGACUCAAAAAUAUCUGCAAAGCUUGAACUUCUCCUUCAAAAACACUCAGAAAUAGUCACUCAAGUUCAGAAAGAAAAACUCCGACUCGAAGAACUUGAGCAACAAAUAAGAAAAACGGAAAAACAAGUACGAAAAAUGCGACUUAAAGAUAUUCCUGAAGGCGAAUACCAGGAGCGAAUCAAAUCGGGUCAAAAGUCGGUCAAAAUGUUGGAAAAUAAGCUCGAAACCACACAUAAAAGAUUUUGCAGCGUGUUGACAGAAAACAAGCAGAUGAGGGACGAAAUUGAUCAUUUGUUGAAAGAGAGAACUCGGUUUAAUGCAAUUUGGGAAAAACUUGUUUUUGAUUUGAAUAUGGGAAAGAAAUAUAUGUUGGAUUUGAUAGAGCAAGCCACUUUGGCUUAUGACCAAAGAGAGGAAUGGUGUUCAAAAUUACAAGCCUUGAAGAUUCGAGCUCACAAUGAUGUCAUAACUCACACUCAGGAAAUGAGAGAAAUGCAACGACAGCUAGACCAUGAUGGAAACUUAAGAGAAUUCCUGACAAUCAAAGGCCAAAGACGUGUAAUGAAAGACUUGGAGGAGAAAGAAAUGAAGAAAAAAGAACAGGAAAAGGAGAAUUUGGAAAAACAAGUUAAAAUAUACCAAGAGACACUUGAUAAAAUCAAAACAUUUUGCGAAGAAGAAGACGUUGAGAGAAUCGCAGCCAAGUAUUUAAAACAAGAAGAGGAGAAUUUCGCUCUAUUCAACUACGUAAACGAGUUGAAUCACGAAUUGGAAACUUUGAGUGACUCCAUUGAAGAACUUGAAGAAAAAAUUAAUGAACAAAAGAAGAUUUGUGAACAGAAAGCCCAAAAAGAGAAGGAUUCUUUAGACAGUUUAAACAAAGCAUUGGAAGAAGCCACGCGACAAGCAAACCAAGAUGAAGAAAUGUUGAAACAAACUGAAGAUGACUUGAAAUUGAUACUAAAAGGAAUUAAAGAUAUAUUUGAGUUGGUGGGGUGUGACUGCGCACCGAUUCUUGAUCUUUUAGGUGAAAAUCCCGAUGUUAAUGAAGACAACGCUUUGAUUUAUUUGGGCCUAAUUGAGAAAAAAGUAUCAAGUCUGAUAACCACAGUCUACUUUAAGGAAAAAUCUCUCAUGAAGAAGAAAGCUCGCAUUUAAAGGUGGAAUUUAAUAAUAAUAAUGAUAAUAAUAUGUUUUUUUUUUCUUUACUUUUAGUUAUUAAGAAACUUCCGAAUUUAUUUUUAUUCAAAUUUUAUAUUGUUAUAAUAAUUAUUUUUAUUUUUGUUUUUUUGUUGUAUCAAUUUUCUUUUGAGAUUAAGUUGAAUAGCUAUAAGCUAAA